GUGGCCCAAUCAUGUGAAUAGCAGUCUCGUUGGCGAUAUGCCGGUGGCAAAGUAACGUGGCCGCCAUUUUAUGUGUACCGAGUGCUACACAAUCAUUGAUCUCGGUUUCUUUGCUUCUUUAAUGGGUGAUAUUUUUGCGUCUCGCUGAGAUGACGCAGUUUCUGCCGCCGAAUUUGUUGGCGUUAUUUGCGCCACGUGAUCCAAUACCGUAUCUACCACCUGCUAACAAACUUCCGCACGAGAAGAAAAACGGGGGAUACAUCGGCGUCGGAGUAUUCCUCAAGUACUUCGAGGACCCUAAGGAUACACCACCACCUGUACGUGUAGAGACUCGAGAGGAACGUUUGGAGCGUAGAAGAAGGGAACGCGCAGAGCAAGUUGCAUAUAAGCUUGAACAAGAAAUUGCUGUAUGGGAUCCAGCUGGUAUUCCCAAUGUUACAGCAGAUCCGUUCAAAACUCUCUUUGUAGCUCGAAUUAAUUAUGAUACUUCAGAAUCGAAAUUGAGGAGAGAAUUUGAGAUAUACGGUACAGUAAAAAAGAUCGUGGUAACACAUAAUACGAUUAAUGGCAAGCCUAGAGGAUAUGCCUUCAUUGAGUAUGAGCACGAAAGAGAUAUGCACUCGUGGUGGCCGCUGCCGGCAACUAGUGCCGUUCACUAUUCCAUGCAAUCCCUGAACCUGCCUGAUAAGAUAGCUGCAUAUAAGCAUGCGGAUGGUAAGAAAAUAGAUGGUCGCAGAGUGUUGGUCGAUGUCGAACGAGCACGAACGGUAAAGGGCUGGCUGCCCCGCAGACUCGGUGGUGGCUUGGGUGGUACUCGUAGGGGCGGUCCUGACGUUAACAUUAAGCAUUCGGGACGGGAAGAUAACGAGAGAGAACGGGAACGAUACCGCUUGGAACGAGAGAGAGAAACAACGGGACGUGGUCUUGAUAGAGACAGAGAUCGCGAUCGCUUAGAUAGAGAGCGUCGCAGAUCGCGCGAUCGCAAACGACGUACCAGGAGCAGAUCACGUGAUCGUAAACGUAGACGAAGUCGUGAUCGUUUACCCGAUCCCGAUAUCGAGGAAAUCGAACGACCACGUGACAGGAGGGAUCGUGAUCGCGAUCGUGAUCGGGACCGUAAACGGCGCCGGUCACGAAGUAAUGAUCGCGAACGCGACAGGGAUCGUAAGCGAGACAAACGAGACAGGGACCGCGAUCGCAGAGACAGGAAGGAUCGCAAUGAUCGUCAGGAUGAGGACACGAAAGAAAUUCGAAUCAAGGAGGAGCCCUUAGACGAUUAUCCGGACUACAGCAAUACAUUCGCAACGUCGGGCUCGUACUUUACCGCAGUCAAGUACGAAGAUGAUAAUGAUCAAGAGGUGGAGGAGAAAUACCGGAUUCCGGAGGGUCGGCCAGAUCCGCCUCCGUACAACAAUUACGAUUCUGUUCCAGAUUAUUGAUCUUAGCAAUAUAUAUUUUCGUCGUGUCUCUUUUUUACGAUUUUAAGAUAUCGUGUUGCCGCAUUAUCGUUGUAAUAUCCUUUCUACUAGUAUAAUGAUGAAUUAGCUCUUUCAGGAGCAAACCAAGCUGACAACCUCUCGAUUAUAUAUCAAAUUUUGAAUACAGAAUAAAAAUGCAACGAACGAAUUGCGAAAGAUUCUACAAGACUUUAAGAGAUACUAAAUAAUUAAUUUAUUUAAAAAGUAUGAACAAUAUGAGAAAGUUUCGUAGCAACUUGAAUUUCAACAGAAAAACAAAAAACAGAAAAAACUCAUUAAAUGAAAUUGAUGUAUUAUGCCAUUAGAUAGACGAAAAUGACUGAAAUGAUGUAUACAUUGCAUCAUUGCUUCUAAAAGAAUUAAAUAAUUAUAUAUAUUGAAUCAUCAUGAGAAAUUCAAGAUUUUCAAAUCGACAAGAUUUUGAAAUUGACAUAGAAUAUAAAUAUUUUGAUGAUAUUAUAAUUGAGAGCAUUAUAUUCUUGUCAUUAUUUUUUCUCUAUCUCUUUCUUUCUUUUAUUCGCAAUUUUCUCGUCUUUUAGUGAAUUUUCUCUAAAUUAAGCUUUCUUGACAAAAAUAUUAAAUUUAUAGUAAAGAAAUUCUAAUGCUCUCUUCAAUGAACUAAACAGCAAGUCACAGAUUGUAGAAGACUGCGCGUGAAGUCUUAUGCUAUAAAAGAUAUAUUUAAGAAUCACAAAAAAAGAAUCCGUAAUAGACUCAAUAUUCUAUUGCUAAAAUGUUGCAAUUUCAAUUGUUUACAUGUGUACAUAAUUAUAUACAUAUAAAAUUUGGUUCUUUCAUAACUGCUACAUGUACAUUUACAUUUAUGUUCGAAAAUAAAGUAAACUGUGCGAUUAA